UGUUUUCUGGUUUUGCCUCAAUCCUUUAUUGCCCUUACCUUGUUUUGUUUUCUGAUCAACUAGCUCACUGACUCACCAUAUUAUUAGGACACACUCUCAUUUGACGAUUACAACACUUAACCAAGAAACAUGCAAGAAAAUGGCCAGGAUACUGUACCUCCUUGGCAACAGCAACAGCAACAGCAACAGCAGCAGCAGCAGCAAGCGUUUAUGGGAAAAUACACCGACACGUUUUUAAUAGUCGAAAUGAAUUCCUUUAGCCUCUCGAUCUUCAAAGUUACCGCAGCCUUCACACUACUCCAGUUCAUCCUGUUUUACGGUACAUGGUUCUUGUUUCCGGAGCUUUCAAAGUUGGGCCUAGGUCUAGCCGAUGUCGAAGCAGCCACUGUAUUUUCUACAUGGACUCCAAAGUUCUAUGCGUGGGUCCAAAAGCUGUCUAAUCUUCCUCCAGGACUUGAGCUCAGAUCUGGAUUCGAACCAUUGUUACUUGCAAGAGGCCAGGAGUAUGAUCGGAGAAGCCUUCGACCUUGUAGGCAAUACCCUGCAGUGGUUUACCUCAUUGCCUGUCUUUUCGUUAGCACCAUUGGAACCAAAUCUAGGCAGGGGUAG